AUGUUCGCUUCAACACUAAAUCACGCAGAAGCAUUCCUGAAAAGCAUAUGUUGUGAUCAAUGUCAUCAGCCAUCCGAUAAGUUGCAGUUUAUUGGAUCAUCCUGCAAACAUGUCUUCUGCUGGACAUGCGUCGACGCAAUCUGUGAUGAAAAGUCUUUCCCGUUAUGUCCACAAUGUUUACUACCUGUUGGAUUGCAACACGUGAAGUCGGCCACUUUUGCUGAUCAGCUUUUUCAAAAUCUUUUGUCACUGAAGGAAGCUCUUGCUAAAUUUACCUUUUCCGAAUGUGAUCGACAAAUUGUACUUAGCCUAAUUGAAACAGAUGAACAACGAAGAACAGUAGAAGAGUUUUGUUCUACGCAGGAAUAUGCUGUAAUCAAGGAUGAUGUUAGUCGUGCGACUGUAAAUGGACAACCAAAAGCGCUACCAUCAGAAGCAAUCCCUAUUCUGAACUGUGAUGUAUUGGGCUCCGUUUCACUAUCAGAUAAUGUUACACCAUUCACGCAAAUAGAAGAUAUUGUUGUUGCUGGAACUUCCGUCCAAAAUGAUACCCUAAUGACUCAACAAAUGCGUGUUUAUGAUGAGCCAGGAAAUUUUCAGUUCUUCAAGAAACCACCCAAAAAUACUUUUGGUAGAAUCAUAACAAAGAAGAAGUUUAAUGAUUCGGAACGUAAAUUGAAAAGUCGGAGUACCAAAAGUUCAAAUGCGAUCCCGUUAGCAACAGUAACAUCACAAAAUUCUCACAAAUUAGCUUCUCAUCGCUACGAAUAUAAUCUGGUAAAUGCAGCCAUACGUGGAUCGAAAAAGAAGCUUCUGGAAGCUUUAAAGGAUGGGAAAGAUGCUAAUGAAAGUGAUAAUCUCGGUUUAACGGCGCUUUAUCAUGCCGCAGCUCAUAAUUACACCGAAAUUUGCAAAAUUUUGGUUGAAAAUGGUGCUCUUAUCAAUGCACAUGGUGGAGAGUUAUGUGAGACAGCACUUCACGCAGCGGUACGCUGGCAAGCUAUUGAUGCUGUGGAAUAUUUGUUAUCAAAAGGCGCGGAUAGAAGAGCGCGUAACUUAAAAGGUGAAACACCGAUGGAUUUUAUUAACGAUGAAGAAAUACGAGCAGUAUUUAGCAGAAUUUCCCAUCCUGUUCAAAUUGUAUAUCUUUCUCGAAAACUAAAGGAAUAUUCCAUAUUCUUAUCAGCAACAUUACCUGAUGUAAAGUUCGAGUGCGGCAAAAUUUUAUUCAUUGAUCUCUCAAAAUAUGCUAUAAAUUUCGAUACUGCCUCACAUUUAAUUAUUCGGGCAGCAGAGAAUCGAACAGCAGAAAUCACCAUUGAAAUUCUGGAAGCUAUGCUACGUGGACAAUAUAUUUUAACGAGUGAAUGGUUGGAUGCAUGCUUGCAAGCAAAUGAUAUUGUGGAUGAAGAAAUGUAUGAAAUUACAACUAUUAAUCGGAAUGGUCAGCUGCUUGCCACAAAUUCAUGUUCUACAGCUAGAAAAAACAAUGCUAGGAUGAAGCCAGGACUCUUUCGAGGAUGUCACUUUUAUUUUUGCAAGCAUAAAUACUUACCAUAUCGAGAAAGUGAAAUCAAAAAACUGGUUCAGUUGGCUGGAGGUGUGAUACUUGGGAGAGAGCCCAGAGCGGAGGAAUAUGUCGAGAGUGGGCUAAGACCGUAUCAUGCACAGAGAAAAGGAAAUGAUUUGAGUGAGCUAUCAGGUUUGUUCGCGGUAUAUAUGCCAGGCCAAUCCAUGCCACAACGGGUUGUAAAGCAGAAAUUCAUCAGCCUUAUCACACCGACUUGGAUAAUGGAAUGUAUAGCGAAAUUUACACUUUUGCGACCUGAAGACCGAUGA